CGCCCCCGUGACGUCACGGCGGCCCGCCCCCCCCCCCCGCCGCCAUCUCGUGCGGAGGCGCCGGCAGCGCUGCAGAAUGGAGAACUAUAAAAAGGCUAAAAUUGUGGAGAAACCUUGUCCUCUUCCCUUCACUGACCUGCCCCCUGGUAUUAUCGAAAUGAAAGUGAAGGAUGGGAGCAAAAUCAGGAAUCUGAUGGGCUAUGCCAUUAGUAAGAUGGAGUUGGACUCAGUGAGGCAGAUCAUUUUCACUGGCUCGGGAAAGGCUGUCAGCAAGACCAUAACCUGUGUGGAGAUCAUGAAGCGAAGGCUCAAGGAGCUGCAUCAGAUCACCAAAGUGCUCUUCCGACAGAUUGAAGAGACCUGGGAACCCAUUGUGCCUGAGGCAGGCCUCGAUGCCUUGACCGUGAAGAGAAACAUUCCUGCCAUAUGCAUCCUACUCAGCAAAGAUGCCCUUGAUCCUCAGGAGCCAGGAUACCAGGCUCCGGGUUCUUUUGAUGCCUUCUGGACCGAGACACUGAAAGCGGAAUCACAGGGCCAAAUGAAGAGGAAGCAGGGCGGAGGCAGGGGAGCUGGCAGCACGGGAAAGCAGCCUCGGUCCGCUGGAGGAGGGCAUGGGGAGUCCUGCACCAAGUCCUGAGGCGCCGCCACCAUGUUUGGGUGUAGUUUGGGGGAGUCAUGGAAACAAGCCAGCUGCUGUAGCUGGAAAGCUGCUGCUGAACACGGGGGCUUGCAGAGUUGUUGGGGGAGGGACGGAGAAGUUAACUGUUCCAAAAUGGAUGCAAUUGUAGCUGUCUGAAACUGUUUUGACAAGUUUCCUUGUCAAAGGCUGCCAGGCUGUACUCCUUCGCGUGCGGUUCAGGGAAGAUGGGACUUGUCUCUGCCUAAGCAAGGACUGUUGGUGUUUCGUCAAUGAGCUCUGCUGGAGCAGGGUUUCGGCUGCCCAUGGAGCAGGAUUUUGUCUUCCUACGGAGCGGAAUUUUGGCUUCCCAUAGAGUGAGGUUUCAGCUGCCCGUGGAGUGAGGUUUUGGUUGCCCACUGAGCAGGGUUUUGGCUGCCCAGGCAGCAGACAUGCAUGGCAGGUGCCUGCUCCUGUGGCAGGUGGUGGUGGCUUUUGCUGCAGUACAGAGGGCAGAUGGAUCUGAUGUGGAUCCUCUUGGCUGCCACCUGCACUGCCAGAGCUCGUGUGAGCGGACAGUGGGACAGAGGGCUGGGCCAGCCGCUUCUGUGCCUGUCUUUCUGCUGCUGAGCCCAUCAGUCGAUUUGAAUGUAGAACUACAGGGAUACGGCUCCAUCUGCAGUUGUGUGUACAUGGCACUCCUUCCGUCCUCCUUUCACCUCAGUGGAGCUGAUGGUUAUGCCUCUCCCUGACAAAGUGGCAGGAGAUGACUCCUGUGGUAGCCAGCCUGAAAUCCCGUAGCUAUGCGAGUGCCUGGUUGGGGUGGUAGUGGGAAGCUCCAGAGGACACUCUUCUUUCCUCUUUCUGCUCCUUUAUAAUGCACAGAGAUGGCUUUAAAAUAAAGUUUCCUCUUCCUGUAAAUGUGAAAUUUGUCAUG